AGUCGUUAGCAGUUCGGCCGAACGUUCGUUCCUCCGUGCUUUCUCCAGUUUUUGUCGCGUCUCGUGUGUGUUAAUUAUAUAUCAUAUAUUUUAUACUUUGUGCCCUACGUGUAAAGUAAUUUAUUAGUCUUGCCGACAGAGUACCUAUAUAGGAGAAAAUGCCAUUCCACCGUGCCGAUACUAAAAGUACACGUGAUGCUACGUACAAUGAAGAGGAGGGCAGCGUACGGAUGUUCCUGCGCGGACGUCCCAUCAACCUGUACGCGCCGACUGCUGAGAUCGCGACCUACGACAUCACUAAAGUGGCCACCGCUCCUUCGUCCAAGCUAAAACUCGAUUGGGUUUAUGGGUACAGAGGAAAAGACUGCCGUUCCAAUUUAUACUUGUUGCCCACCGGUGAAAUGGUAUACUUUGUGGCCUCCGUGGCUGUACUGUACAACGUCCAAGAACAAAGUCAGAGACAUUAUUUGGGACAUACGGACGACAUCAAAUGCUUGACCAUUCAUCCCAACAAGCUGUUGGUAGCUACUGGCCAGACUGCUGGACACGAUAACCACGAAGGAAAACCUCAUAUUCGAGUGUGGAAUUCAGUCAGUUUAGCAACAGUGGUUGUGCUGGGUUUAGGAGAAUUUGAACGGUCUAUCAGCUGUCUGUCGUUUUCUAAAGCGGACGGUGGCAGUCUUUUGUGUGCCAUCGACGAGGGAAACGAUCACAACAUAUCCGUGUGGGACUGGCAAAAGAACGAAAAGGGUCACAAGAUCACGGAGACUAAGUGUUCUAUGGAUACCGUUGUGGCUGCGGAAUUCCACCCACUGGAACGAAACCAAAUCGUAACCUGUGGCAAGGGCCACAUCAGUUUCUGGACACUGGACGCCGGCGGUACCCUGUACAAGCGCAACGGAAUAUUUGAGACUACUCGCGAUCGUCCCAAGUACGUGACGUGCUUGGCGUUCACGCAAAAUGGAGACGUCUUGUCUGGAGACUCAAACGGAUCCGUUGUCAUUUGGGGACGUGGAACAAAUAACAUCCUAAAAGUCGCACGAAAUGUGCAUGAAGGAUCAGUGUUUUAUUGUGUGUUGAAAGAGGGCAGCAUUAUAACCGGAGGUGGUAAAGACGGUAAACUGAUCCAGUUUGACACUUCGAUGCAUCCCACUGGAUAUGAAGCACAAAUAGCUGAACAUUUGGGUGGUAUACGUACAGUAUCAGAAGGUCGUGGAUCACAAUUGCUAGUCGGAUCAACCCGCAAUUGUAUUUUGAUCGGUUCUCUGUCGAUGGGCUUCAGCCCUGCUGUCCUGGGCCAUACCGAUGAACUGUGGGCGUUAUGUCCUCAUCCUACUUUAGCUCAAUUUCUUACAGCCGGAUUCGAUCGCAUUGUCCAACUUUGGGACUCGUUGUCUCGCUCUGUUGUAUGGAGUAAAGACAUUGCAGAACAAGCACAGUCGGCUGCAUUCUCUAUUGAUGGUCGAAUAAUCAUUGUUGGUUGCGUUUCUGGAAAAUGGAUCGUUAUGAACUCAGAGACACGAGAGAUUUAUUCGACUCACAUCGAUGGAAAUGAACCAAUACAGGUUGCAAAGUUCUCACCGGACGGUCAACUACUUGCACUUGGUUCCAGGGACAAUUACAUCUAUAUAUAUCAGGUCUCAGAUGGUGCCAGAAAUUACACUCGUUUAGGACGUUGCACUGGCCAUUCAAGCUUUAUCACUCAUUUGGAUUGGUCAAAAGAUAACGAGCACCUGCGCAGUAACUCUGGAGACUACGAGCUGUUAUAUUGGAAAGUGAAAGUUUGUCGUCAAGUCACUCACAGCACUCAACUUAGAGACACUGUAUGGGCAUCCAACUCUUGUGUCUUGACAUUCUCCUCCAUCGGAAUUUGGCCUGAAGGAGCUGAUGGCACUGACGUUAACGCAUGUGAACGAUCAAAUGGAUCUAAGCUUAUGGCUACGGGAGACGACUUUGGUAAAGUGAAACUGUACUCAUACCCGGUCAAACAACCUAAGUCGCUGUGUCACGUGUAUGGAGGCCAUAGCAGCCACGUGACAAACGUGACUUUCUUGCAUGACGACUCCAGACUGAUAUCGAUUGGUGGCAAAGACACCAGUGUCCUACAAUGGGAAAUCAUAUAAAAGAAGAGCGUUAAUUGAAUCUUAUAAUUAUUAUUAUUAUUAUUAUUAUUAUUACUAUUAUUAUCAUCAUUAUUAUCGUUCAAAUGAUUCUUCACCAUUAAGAGUAAAAAUUAAUUAUAUUUAUUAUUGUUUAGUACAUUUUUUUUAAUAAUAUUCACUUUAGCACAAAUACACUAUGUGUACAAUGUGUGUGUUAUUAAAAUGUUCUAUUAUAUUAUUCGUUAUUACACAUUCAAUGUUAUGUCGACAAUUAUUCAUAGAAUAAUACUUUAUUAUUAUUAUUAUUAUUAUUACCAUCAUCACUUGUUUUUUUUCCGUC